AUGUGCUCUGGUCCGCUAAUCAUGUCAUCGCCGACCAAAUUGUCCUUCAACUCGCCGCGCUCUCCUCGGGCCUCGCCCUUUCGUCGUCCGGACUCAGACGGUCUUUUGCGAUCUCCCUCGACAUUGACGACGGGCGACCGUCCCAGAAGCCCCUUCGCCCGUCCUACUAGUCGUCUCAGUAUCGCAGAGCCAUCUUCGAGGCCUACCUCUUCUGGAUCUCUGGCCCCGCCAAUCUCUUUCUCCCGUCAUGCCUCGGUGACAUCACAAACAUCCGUCGAGCGGGAGCACUCUGAACCGCCAUCUCCUUCGCCCGUGGCUCGCAACUUUGAGCCACCCGCACCCGUAGACGGAGCACCCUCGUCACCUCGCGCUCCUCCAUCGCCUUCUCCGCUCGUCAUACCGAGCUCUCCCGCUGUUGCGCCCUCUUCGCCAAUGGGCCCUCGCUCUCCUCUUCUAUCACCCAAUGCCAACCGUCCUAUGCGUCCGACCGCUCAGCGUACUGUCACAUCAUCUACUCAGGCUACCAUCCGAGCUCCUGUGUUUGGCAGACCCACAUCUCGCGACUCGACUACAAGUGCUGCUCCUAGACCAAGCUUCACAGCCCCUUCGAGGCCGAAUUUCUCAGCUCCCGUCCAGAUGGCAACUGGUCAAUACUCCCACCUCCCUCAAUCACUACUACGAAGCAUGCGCGAGUCGUUUGAAGUCUUGGACAGCUCUAACACUGGUGCCAUCACUUCUGCAAGCGUCGCCGACAUGCUUCAACAGAUGGGCAUGGACUCUUCUCCCAGAGCUGUAGCUGCCUUCUUCCCUCCAAACACUCCUUCUACAAUUACUCUGGGCCGUUUCCUGGAUUUGCUCUCGGCACCACUAGCAGAGCUCAGUGAGCCGUCCGAGCUUGCUGCCGCCUUUGCUGCCUUUGAUGUUGACGACAGCGGUCAGAUCGACAAGCACGAACUCAGAGACGCUUUACUCAAUACUGCUCCCGAACCUGGUGCCGAGCAUAUGCGCUUGUCUGAGCACGAAGUCGAUGCCAUAAUGAGUCAGUUUUCGGCAAGAAGAGCUUUCGGCGCAAAAGGUGUCUUCGGCAAAGAGCUUGGUGGCGGCGACCGUAAGAGAGGCGAAGUCUUCAGAUACAGAGACUUCAUCUCAAACAUCUCCGGAAGUGGAGGUGCUGACGGAGCUGAACAAGUUGCUGCUUGA